AUGAACGCCGAAAAGUGGAAGAGGAGGACUCUUCCCACCCUCAAAACGCCCCCUGUACCAAUUCCAACCGAUGGUAAUAAGGGAUUCGAUAAUGUCGAUGGAAAGAAGCCACGCGUCUUCUCGAAAGCCCUUCGUUCUCUCAGCAAUUCCUCGAUGGAAUCCAUGUCACAGAGCCCAUCUCGAAGCUCUUCUUCUAUUCGACGUCUACAGAAGACGCAUUCUGGGUCAGGGUCUAUGAUCGACAGGAUACAUCGUCGAGUAUCGAUAGCUUCACCCAUGAGCGCAUCCGCCCCCGAAUUCCCAUCAGUUACUCCCGAAGUCCCCUAUUCGUCGAUGGAGCUUAUUCAAUACGGUCCACUGAAGACCGAUGUCUCGCUUCUUAAGGCCCGCGCCGAAUAUCUGGUUCUUACAGAUACCUGCCUGAUCAAGUUCGGGAGUAUGGAAGGAGCAAGAACUGCUUUCCUACAGAUAAAAUCAGGCAACGGGACACUCAAGCCUCACAGUGCUAAUCAUAAUGCUCACAAGUCGUCGUCCGAUGUCCGGAUGGAAAUACCCUUGCGAUCCAUCGUUGGCGUUUUCAACGAAGAAGGUUCAAGCCCUCGAUUUGGUGUCGAAAUAUGGUGGUUCUCUCAGUGGCCAAAGCUAGCCUAUUCCAAGGCGCAUCUAUUCUUCAUGCUGCCUAAGGAUCGGGAUGACUGGUUGGCCAGUAUUCAACAGGCUUGUAGAAUGAGCCAUAGGCGAGCUCCGUCUCCCUCUUUGAUACCUGGCAAUUUGAAAGCGAGAAUCAACCACAUUGUGGAAACCACGGAACCAGACUCGAAUGCCAAAGCCUCUAAGAUAUUGACCUUCCCCGUGGUCAAACGUACGAUAGGUACCCCUCAGAAGACCAAUUCUGCCGAUGAGUCUCAACACUUUGUGGAUGGCUCGUCCUUCUACAUCGUCAUUGGACCAGCUAUGUUGUAUUUCCUCGAGGUUCUCAAGGCAGAUUAUGCAACUACUCCUGGUGACCUGCGUGUAAAGGUGCAGUCCUACGGUACAGUCUCACUAAUUCGAUUCCGAGCGUCCGUUGCGUCACACGAACAAAGGUUUGUGAUGAGCUUCCGGUUACCACUGGGCCGUGAGAACAGACUUGAGCUUGCUAGUGUACAUUACAGACAUGUUAUCGAAGCGAUGACUAAAGUCGAUCGAGAACUGAAACCCAUGUGGCCACAGCAUUUGCAAAAGGCAAUAUUCGAUAUCAAAGGCCUUCCUCCACCACUUCAGUUGACAUCUGGAAAUGAUUUGGGAGGGCUCGAGCGAAGUUUGCACGCCUAUUGCGCCGCUUUCAAGGUCCAGGUACCAAGAUGGACCAUCGAAUGGAAUACUCCCUCUCAACCAGCCUUUCGCCUUUUGCCUCCUGGUACACAACCAUAUUCUACGUUGCAAUUACUGGCAUUGUUUCGAGCCUUGCGUUAUAACAGUUACUUCAAGGAGCUCUCUUUCCGCAAUAUUGAUUUAUCUGGUAUCGCAGGAAAGAAGGAUUAUUCCCAUUUCGGUGACACUAUCGCCUACACAUCAUUAAACGGGGUCAAAAUAUCUGAAGAGCAUUAUGACAUUUUGAUGCAGUCUUCUGUUCUCAGUCAAGAGAUGCAUGCCCUGGCAUUUUCAUCAGAAUCGAUCCGAAGUAUGGAUUUGAGAAAUAUUCUGGGGCCACGAAGCACCAUUGGUCGCUCUAAGGACCCUGAGGGCGCCCGGAGAGUCAGUUCUGAGGUUCUCCGACCUAUACUGUUGUUGCUGAAACGUCAAGCAUGUCUUUGCCACAGCAUCACCAUGUCUGGCAAUCUCAUUGCGCCAAGCGACGUUGAGGAGCUGGCAAACUUACUCGUACUGGAUGAGGUGUACAUGAAGAAACUCGAUCUAUCCAAUUGUGGACUCGGCGACGAGGGUCUUACUACACUCUGGACCGGAAUCCCAGGCCAGGGCGCCAAUCUUCAACAUAUCGAUACUUCCGAGAAUCAAGGCACGGUAAAGUUCGAGACCAUCCGGGACUCGCUUAGUCAACUACGAGCCAUAAGAAAACUCAACAUCGCUGGCAACACUCGACUCCCAUUUGAUGCUCCUUUGUUUGAGGAUCAUGUGCUGAGCUCAUGGAGUCUGGAGGAGCUUGACUUAUCCGGUAUUGCUCUCAAUAGCCCAACUGUGGAUAUUUUGACUGCAUAUAUGGCGUCGCAGAAUUCCGAAAACCUGAGAGUGCUUCGUCUGAGCAAAUGUGGUCUAACGGGUGCUCAAAUAGCCCAGAUGUUUUAUGCUAUGGGUCAGGCUCGACAAAUUACACUGUAUAUCAACGGCAACCGCUUAGACGAGGGCAUCGAUGAUUUGUGUGCUGUCAUUAGCGAAUGUUUUGGCCCUUGGGGACUAUUCGUGCAGAUGGUAGAGUUUGCCUUGGAGGCUAACUACAUCAAACUUUUGAAGGCAUUGACAGUCAACCAAACCAUUGAAUGCCUGAGUCUUGCUGGUACCGCUACCCCUGACUCAGCCAGCGAAACGGCCUGCAGAGCGCUUUCGGAUCUUUUCUCUCAAAACCAUACGAUCAGGUUCCUUGACCUUUCUGGAUUUGAUGCCAAGCUGGAUGAAGGUCGUCUCGGGCGGGAAUUCUCUAAGGCUCUGAGUGGACUAAAAUUCAACACGCGGCUUGAGCACCUUCGCGUGCGAAGCCAAAUGCUGAACGUGAACAUUGGAGACCUGGCUGAAGCCAUCUCUGCUAAUAAAACCCUUCACAGUCUCGACUGUGAGUGCAACGAUUUCAAUCUUUCUAAUUUUAGACAUCUCGUCCGACAUUUGAGUGACAGUACGACGAUUCGCUAUUUUUCGGCUUUCUCGGAUCGCGAUCUCGCUCAGACAAUCCAAAGGUCAGUAGACAACGCCGUGGCAACGGCGACCUCAGCGCGCAGGCAAUCUAUGAUCUCAAAACUGCGACACGAAAAGGUGCCCCAAAGUAUUAGUGAGCCUCUGGCACAGCAAUUGCGAGAUGGUUGGGAAGACGCAGUACGAACCCAACAAGAGGUUCUAGAGAGGAACCAACUCUUAUUUGAAGAAGGCGAAGAUGGUCGCUACGACUCAGGCCAAGACGGAUAUCUGUUCUGCGAUGGCGAGGAAGACUUUUCUAAAGCAUUCGGCGGUUUGGCGCUACGGGCUUUCGAAUCCAAGAGGGCUAUGAAUCGUCGCGCUUCCAACCCUUAUUUGAACAAUAAGAGAGCCAGUAUGAUCUCACUGGGCCCAGCUCGUCUGGUCAGCGCCGAACCAGGUGCCAGAGUGACAAGGUCUUGGUCAAGAUCUUACUCAAUUGUCUCAAGCGAGGGCGGUAUCAGCGCUGCAGAGAGUCCAAGCACAGGGUCAGCGAUCCCAACACCCCCUGAGCCAGAGAGCCCUGUAGAAAAGGAGUAUCUGGUAGGGAAUCAACAAGACGGGAAUGAAGAGCCGCUCGAUUACGAAUACAGCUUUGCAGAUCCGCAUGAUCCAGACUUUGGGCUUGAACUGCGAGCCCAUCGACGAUUCUGGAGCGAUGAAGCUGGGUGUAUCGAGGAAGAAGAACAUGGAGUCCAGUUUGAGGAGCGGCACACCAUAUCUCUUGUUCGUGGUCUUGCGAUCAGAAAUCAACCCGCAAUGUAUUCCAACUCGAACGCCUUUCUAGGCGGUAAUAGCCAGCGUCCUGGCGGCCAGCAGCAGCAAUAUGGCGGAGGAUCGUUUGGUAAUAUGGGCGCUGGCCAGCAGCCUGGCCAACCCAGCCCCUUUGCGCCUCAACCUACAGGCUUUGGGCAAGCUCCUCUGCAGCAGCAGUAUACGGGCUUUCCAAUGCAGGGUCAGGGACUACAGCCGCAGCAGCCCCUUCAGCAACAGUUUACGGGAUUUCCGGGACAGCAACAACAACCCCCCCAGCAGCAGCAGCAGCAGCAGAGCUUCCAGACUGGUGCUCCUGCGAUGCCAUCGAUCCCGCCUCAGUUCCAGCAACAGUUCCAGCAGCACCAGCAGCACCAGCAGCCUACUAGCUUCUCUGCCUCGCCUCAGCAAGCUUCUGGGCCUUCAAACCCACCGCCGGCGCCGAUGAAGCCCCAGGCCACCGGCUUCACCGAGAUGGCCGCGUCCUUUCAGACUGGCGGUACUGCAAAGCCCCGUGGUCGAAGACAGGAGAAGUCGCAACCCAACAAAAUCCCUAAUAUCCGACUCUCCUUCAUCUCAGCUCAGGACCAGGCCAAGUUCGAAACCUUGUUCAAAUCUGCUGUGGGAGAGGCUGGCAUGACCAUGUCAGGAGAGAAGGCUCGAGAUCUGCUUAUGAGAUCAAGACUUGAUGGCGACUCUCUAUCGCACAUCUGGACUCUUGCUGAUACCACUCGUGCUGGCCAGCUCUACUUCCCCGAAUUCGCACUCGCCAUGUACCUGUGCAACUUGAAACUUACUGGCAAGCAGCUGCCACCUAACCUGCCCGAGAACAUUAAGAACGAGGUUUCGAGCAUGGUGGAUAUCAUUAGUUUCAGCGUCGCUGACGAGAGCGCUCCCGCGGUCGGCUCUUCAUCUGCUCCUGAUAUUAGAACCAACACCGCCACCCCACCGACCAUUCAGCAACCGCAACCUCAGCCCCAAGCUUCGAAUGCACAGCUGCUUCAAGCGCAGAUGACUGGGUUCCCGGGACAGCAGACAGGUUUCGGCCAGCAACAGGGUCUGCAAACCCAGCAAACUGGGUUCCCUGGCAUGCAGAACAACCCCCAAGCUACCGGUUAUAACGGUCCCCGUCCUCCAAUGCCCCCUAUGCCCACGGGAUUCGGCCAGUCGCUUGCUCCUGGGCCCCCAGGUGGUAUGGCUGCCCCUCUGAAUGCUCAGCCUACAGGACGACCUGGUCAAUGGGGUCUUGUUAAUGCUCCUUCUACCGGCCUGCCCAACAUCGAUGCCCUUCAAGCCCAGAUGAUGCCUCAACAGGGCCGGGAAGCUGGAAACUUCACCACUCAGGGCCUUCGAGGAAACGCUGUUAUCCCCUGGGCCAUUACAAAGGAAGAAAAGACGCGAUACGAUUCUCUUUUCAAGGCUUGGGAUGGCCUUGGCAAGGGAUACAUCGGUGGUGACCAAGCUAUCGAGAUCUUUGGUCAGAGUGGACUUGAGAAGCCCGAUCUCGAGCGAGUCUGGACUCUGGCUGAUCACGGUAAUAAGGGACGACUGGAUCUUGACGAAUUCGCUGUUGCCAUGCAUUUGAUCUACAGAAAGCUUAAUGGUUAUCCAUUGCCUAACAAUCUUCCUCCUGAGCUUGUUCCUCCUUCGACCCGAAACUUUAGCCAGUCCAUCGGUACCCUUAAGUCAAUGCUUCACGAUGAGUCUGAAUUCCGCACCAAGUCAGGUGCCGCUCUGCUCCCGCAGAAGACUGGCGUUAGCUAUAUGAAGAACCGCUCGUUCAGGGGCGCACCCGCUGGAGCCGUCGCUGGUCGGAAGGAUGCUACAGUCUUUAAGAACGAUGAUGAGCAGUUUGGAUAUAGAUCGAGCGCUCGUCGUAGGGUUGGCAACAACUCUCCUCGUCCCGAAUCUCCCGCUUCUGUUGCUUCGAGCGACGACCUGACCUUAGACCAGCUCAAGAAAAAGAUUAAGGAGAAGGAGGUUCUCUUAGAUGCUAUGGAUUUCGCAGAUGAGAAGAACCAUGAAGAAGACGACAUCCUCGACCGCCGUGACCGACGCGAGGCGGAGGAACUCUACCGUCGCAUUCGUCGAAUCCAAGAGGAUAUCGACUCUCAUCCCGAUGCAGCCCUCACAAGCGGAGACUCCGACGCUGAGCGAAGAGCUCUCAAGCGCCAACUUCAAAGUCUUACUGACAAGGUUCCCGAACUUGCUUCGCAGGUGCGCAGAACCGAGAAAGCCAUUAUGGAUGCUCGAUUGGAACUGUUCCGUAUCAAAGAUGCCAAGGCUCACCCUGGCAGUGGUGCUCCUAUUGUAGGAACUGGACCUGGUGGUACAGUAACCGAGUCGGAUCGACUCAAGGCUAGGGCCAAGGCCAUGAUGCAGCAGCGAACUGCUGCAUUGACUGGCAAGAAGGUUGAUGUCGGCACUGAGGAUCUCGAUGCGCCUAAGCGUCUUGAGGAGGAGAGCAUCAAGGUCAAGAAUGAAAAAGAGAGUAACGAACGCAUGGUCCGUGAUGUUGAGGAGAGUGUUCGCGACUUUGCGCAUGGUAUCGAGGACAGUCUCAAAGAGGGCGGCCGUGAUAACACCAGUGAGCACGAAAAGCGCCGCUGGGAGGACGCACUCGGUGUCGAGGACGAGGUUCGCGACUUCAUCUUUGACCUUCAGCGUGAAAGCCGUAGCGCUCGACUUCGUGCUCAAGACAAGCGACCCGCCCGGGCUCCAGCACGCACUGAGGAAACUCGGCCGGAACGUGUCGCUAGUCCUAGAGUUGAGAGCCCUGUCUCGACCUCUCGCACUGCAACCCCUCCUGCUGGAGGGUCAUAUUCCUCCUACAAGACCCCUGAGGAGCGAGCUGCUUUUAUCAAACAACAAGCUGAACAGCGAAUGGCUGAGAGGUUGGCUGCCCUCGGUAUCAAGGCCCCGACAAAGUCCGGUGAGACAGCUGCCCAGCGCAUGGAGCGUGAACGCGCUGAGCGAGCUGCGAAGUUACGACAGGCCGAGGAAGAGGAUGCUCGUAGGGAAGCCGAUCGCCAGGCUCGUCUGGCUGAAGAGCAAGGGAUUCCACCUCCUGCACCCGAGCAGUCCAAGGCGGAGGCUAAGAGGCCUCCACCUCCCCCAACGCGGCACCGUGGUAAGCCAGAGGCUGAUCAAGAGGCUGCAAAGAAGGUCGAGGAGGAUGCUGCCGCUAAGCGGGCCGAAGAAGAACGACUUGCCCGCGAGCACGAGCAGCAGCAGCGCGAGACGCAGCAGAUGGAAGAAGAUGUAAAGGAACAGGAGGACGAUCUCGCCAAGGAGCGUGAGGCUUCUGAAGCUCGUCUGAAAGCCCUUGAAGAACAAGUGAGACAGGGCAAACUCCGCAAGGAGGAAGAGAAGAAGCGGAAGAAGGCAGCCAUGGCUGAGGCCAAGGAGAAGGAGGCCAAACUUGCGGCACGGCGGGCUGAGAUUGAGGCUGCUCGUCAGCGAGAGCUAGAACUUCAACGGCAGCUUGAAGCUAUGGAAGAUGGUGAUAGCUCGUCGUCGGAUGAAGACGAAGGUCCUCAGCAAAUCACUCCUCAGGCUUCUACGCCCACUAGGAGCGACAGUCAAGUGGCCAGCCAAGAGCUUGACAAGAAGCCCUCGCCGCCCCCUGCUGCUGAGGCAGUUUCGUCUCCUCCCCCCCCUCCAGCGGUUGUCACAUCGCCACCCAGUGAGACCGAGAGUAAGAACCCAUUCUUCAGGAUGAUGUCUCAGUCGACCGAGGGUACACCCGCUGCUGCUCCUCCGGCACCACCUGCUGCGCCGGCACCUUCGGCUACGAACCCUUUCCAUAGGAUGACCCAGAACCAGGAAGCCAAACCUCCUUCUGGUCCUGUCUCGCGUCGCCGUGCAGACACUGAUGACUGGGGUUCUGAUAAUGAUGACAAGGACGAUGACUCAGACGAUGAGCGACCUGGUGGUGGUAGCGCAGCUCAGCUGGCCUCUAUGCUGUUUGGCACAAUGGCACCUCCUCGUCCUCUCUCUGCAGCCGGUAGGGAAUCAGCAACUGCUAGUCCUGUGGCCGCCAGCGCUGUGACUCCUGUCGCACCUCCUCCACCUCCCCCGAUGCCGAACACUGACUCUCCGGCUCCGAUGACUCCUCCACCCCCUCCUCCUCCUAUGCCGGGGAAUGACGCGCCAAGUGCUCCUCCGCCUCCGCCUCCCAUGCCCGGAAGUGACGCCCCUUCGGCACCACCGCCCCCACCACCGAUGCCAUCAGCCGGCGCACCUCCUCCACCUCCUCCCCCUAUGGGUGGCGCUCCUCCGCCUCCUCCACCGCCCGGCGAUGCGCCUGCCCCUCCUUCCGGUGGCGGUCGUCCAGCGGGCUUCUUGAGCGAGAUCCAGAUGGGCAGGGCCCUCAAGAAGACAACCACCAAAGACAGCAGUGCAGCGGCGGUGGCGGGACGAGUUUUGGAUUAA